UUGAGAUUCCUUUUGUAUUUAUCAUAAGUAUCCGAAACUUAGUAUUAUAUAAUAACCUUUUUGUUCCAUUAAAGUCAAAGUGUGAACCGUUAUCAUGGCAAAAGAAUUCAACCAGCAAGCUGAGAUUUGUGUAAGGUUAGAAACCUUGUGGCAUGCUCUGUCCAAAGAUAUGAUAGUAACAAUUCCGAAGAUCAUACCAAACAUUGUGAAAGAUCUCAAAGUGAUUGAAGGCAGUGGAGGAGUCGGUACUGUCUUGCUUUUCACUUUCUUCUCAGGUGUAUCUCCAGUAAGUUACCAGAAGGAGAAGAUAACAGAGAUUGAUGAUUCAUCCCAUGAAAUUGGAUUACAAGUGAUUGAAGGAGGAUAUUUGAAUCAAGGUUUCUCAUACUAUAAAACAAGUUUCAAGCUAUCUGCCAUAGGUGAUGAUAAGACUUUGGUUAAUGUGAAGAUCUCAUAUGAUUAUCAGUUGGAAGUUGAGGAAACUACUUUUCCAUUGAAAACAUUAGAAUCUGCUUUACACUUUCUUAAAUGCUUAGAAACACAUAUUAUGAAUGAUGCUUGACCAGUAUUAUUUUAUCUCUUGUUACUGUCUUUAAGAAUGUUUGAUGUUACUUUAAAAGUCAAACUAUAAAAGAGUAAUGUUUAGA